CGGCGCAGCGCUCUUGCCCCUGUCCUCCUCCUGUUUGCUAGUUCCUUCAUGCUAACCCGGACACCUGUGUAGUUUUCGGACUUAAACAGAGCAUAAUGUGUUGAUUCGGAAAAGUCUGUAGUUAGCGGUAGGUAACUGACUUGUGUUACUUGUGACUUUGUUUACUGUCACUGCGAAUUUUAAACGUAAAUUUACUGAGAGCUCAAGCUGCCCCCGAUGCUAAGUUAACUAGCAUAACAUGCACAGAAAGUUAGUAAGUAAUAUUAGCCGAGCUGUAAGUUAUUUGAGGCUACGUUAACCAGUAUUUGUGUAGUGUUAAGUGGUUAUAAUAUUUUCAUUCGUGUUGUACCUGCGGAUCUGGACUGUCUCAGUAACCUCGAGGGCACUGAGAGGCCACCAAUGACAUGACCCAAGGAUUAAACACAAUUUCAUCUGUCAUUUCUUAUGGAGGCAACGUCUUGCCUUCCUUUUAUCCACCUGCUGUUGUAUGUGUUAUGAUCUCCGUGCUACUGCAGUGGUAAAAAUCCGCCCUCCAAACCUAAACCCAGUAUGGCAGUCUGUGUGAGGGCUGUGUGUUGUGGUGGUGUGGAGGUGACACUACACAGGCUGCUGCUGGCUGGAUGUAUGAACUGCUCUGGGAUGUAUCAGCCAUUUGGUGGGAACGUUUAUCCAAAGCGCCUUUUCAGUUGUCUUAGUCCCUUUGUCUCCACGAUGGGUGGGACUCGAACCCUCCUCCUCUGUAGUGCUCGUAGAGUGCGCUACCCACUGAAGUACACUGUUCCACCUGGAAAUAGAAACGUGGGAUUGUACAGCAGGAGCCACAGUGAUGCUGAUUCAAAUGCUCUCUGCAGUCAAACACUGCCUGUGUCCAGAUGUCAACCCAGAACAUCUCAUGCUACAGCGGUGAGGAAGGAGAACCUGCUGCAAGGAGGUGCAACAUGGCCCGUGUCCUUCAUCCGCAACAAAGUGACAGACGCCCCUGUUUCCAGUGUGCCUUCGAGUUUUGUGGUGAUGAAGUUUGACCAAGAGGGGAAUGUGACAUCAUUUGAGAAGAAGAAAACAGAGCUUUGCCAGGAGUUAAGUCUUCAGGCCAGAGACCUUCGCUUUCAGCACAGUACCAGCCUAACUACUAGAAAUAACUGCAUUAUCAUACGAAUGGAGUAUUUGAAAGCCAUCGUGACCCCUCAGUCCCUGUUGGUGUUGGAUUUCCGUGGCUUUGGAUUGGAACGUUGGUUGGUACUGGACCUGGCCCCUCAGCUAGCAUCACAGACGCACACCCUGCCCUUCGAGUUCAGAGCACUGGAGGCCAUACUGCAACACAAAGUAAACACUCUACAAGCUCAGCUGAAUGAUGUCGAGCCAGUAAUAUUGGACACAUUGGAAUCCCUAGUGGAUCCUAAAAUCCUUUCCGCUGAUAGAAGUAAACUACAUGUACUGCUGCAGAACAGCAAGAGCUUAUCAGAGUUGGAGACGGACAUAAAGGUUUUUAAGGAAUCCUUGCUGAAAAUUUUGGAUGAGGACGAGCUCAUGGAAGAACUCUGUCUGACGAAGUGGACGGACCCAAGAGUUUUUGAGGAGAGCAGUUUGGGUAUUGACCACGCUGAGGAGAUGGAACUGUUACUGGAAAAUUACUAUAUGCAGGCUGAGGAGCUGGGGAACAAGACCAGGGAGCUGAAAGGGCUGAUAGACGACUCUGAAAGUGUCAUUUUCAUUAAUCUGGACAGCCAUCGUAACGUGAUGAUGCGCCUGAAUCUGCAGCUGACGAUGGGUUCCUUCUCCCUUUCCUUGUUUGGUCUGAUAGGGGUGGCCUUUGGAAUGAAUUUGACGUCGUGUUUCGAAGAGGACCCUCGUGUUUUCUGGCUGGUAACAGGCUUCAUGUUCUUGGGCAGCGGGCUGAUAUGGAGACGACUGCUGUCAUUCUUGGGACGACAUCUAGAGCCUUCAGUACCCCCGCUAAUCCCUCCAGUUUGGAAGAGAAGCAUCAAAGCAUCAGACAUCAAGGCGGGAGUCAGAUGAAACUAUACAUCUGCUCUGUAAAAAGCCACAGACCUACAGACUCUCUCUCUUCAGCUUUAAAAACGAUUGAUUUACCACACUGGACAUCCUGAAUUCUGUAUUUAGGUGGGAAAAACACCUCAUUGUUUUACUCCCCCAUGCUUACAGUAGAGGCUGAGACUGCAUCCAAAUGUCUGGAGACAACAAUGUGUUAUGUGUUCUUCUGUGUCCCCGUCAUUUCUUCUACUGUGUUGGUGGAUAAAACGUGGGCACAGAGUACUGCUCUGUCAUCACUGGUUUUCAAGCAGUGGAUGGAUAUAUGGGCGAGUGAAACAGAUAUCCCUAAUAAUAUGAUAAACACCUUACAUGCAGUUAUAUGUUCCCUCAUUUCAUAGGUUAAAAAAGUGUGUUUAAAGGAUUACAUCAUAUUAAUUUGAUUUAAAUAAAUGUGAACCAAAUUAAGUCUAUUGUUAAGGUUUAUGACACGUUAUUUCCUCUAUCACCAGUAUGUCUUGCCUUUGCUAAGCUGAGUAUUUACAGCAACAUUGUAACACCAGUUAGACAAUGAGGACAUUGUCUAAACUCUUGAAACAUUUACUGCUCUUAAAAACAAGGAUUUAUCAGAUGAUAAUCUGGUAUCUGAUGUGAUUGUCAACAUAACUUUCAGGCAUUUCUAGCAAAACAAUGGGUGAGCUGCAUCAGCAGUUAUUCCUUAGUCUGAAAAAAACUUGUUGCCAGUUUGUUUUGUUUUGUUUUAAACUUUACUGAGUGUCUCAAAUUCACAUUUGCCCCCAGAAUUUAAGUGUCUUUAUUCAUAAAGAACUUUCAAAAAUAUGUCUGAAUGACUUUCUCCCGUUUCUAUUUGUAUAAAAAGCUAUUAGUUUUCUAAAUCUUAAAGGCGAAAACUCAAUGACAACAUGUAAAAACUUAAAGGACUUAAAACUUAAACUAAAAGGAAAACUCUGUUUCAUUCUGGGGUACUUUAAACCACAGCAAACUACUGCAAGUACUAUUCAACAUAUGCCUUACAGCAGUGGUUUCCAAACUGGGUUUCAUGAUAUCCUCAAGAUUGCCAAAUAAAUUGGAGGGGUCUUUGGUUGAACUGGUCGAAGCUGAUAGACUUACGCAACAAGUGACGAGGGAUCACCAGAAGAUUUGGCUUCAUCUUCAGGGGUGACAAGCCAAACAUGUUGGAAAGCACUGCAUUAUAGAACUGUGUAUUUUAUCUAACAAACACAGCCAAAUACUUAAACUUUUUGUUGUAUCUCUGUGUUUUAUUUAUUGCCUAUAAAAAAUAUUUGUGGAAUAUUCCAUUCUUUAUUGAGCUUUUCUAACACUGCAAAACUACAAAAAGCUCUUAAGUGUCAAAAUGAAAACAAAUUAGUACAAAUAUAAUUUUAUAGUCAUACAUAUUUUAUUUCCAUAUUUAUAAUUUUAUUUUUAUUUAUUUUAUUAUAAGAAUCCACCCGUUUCAGGCUUCUUUUAUACAGUCUGUGGUUUCAAGGCACCUUUGUCAGUUUCAGCUUUGACAUUUAAGAGUCUUCAAGUGUGAAACAAUCUUAAUUACAUCCACUUGGUUGUGAAAUAAAAACUAAAUAACCAUAUUAUCAUUGUCACAUACACAAUGAUUAGAGCCUAAACUGUGAUGUAUGUUCAGAUUCCAGAUCAUCAGUGUUUUAUAGUAUAUGUUUCAUUUGUGAUGGGGACUUUUUGAACGUAUCAUUAAGAACUACAUAACCGUUCUAGCAGCUGAUGUCUAUCUAUUAUUUCUUUAUUGAUUAACAAGUGAUCACUAAAAUGUGCGUUUGUGCUGACUGCCUGGAUAGAAUCAAUGAUGUUAGUAGAUGAUGUCAAAAAGCAGCAAAGAAAAGUGACAUUUUCUCUCAUAGAUGUGGAAUAUUUUAUAUUUUUUAUUUUUAUUUUCAUGGAAAAGUACUUUAAAAAAGGAAACUUUCAUCACGGUAAAUCUGUUUGGUACAAAAGAGAGUUAUUUUGUUUUUAAUAUUUCAGUUUUAUGUGUCAAAGUGACUUAACAGUAGAUGCUGUGUUGUACUUUUCUGUCAUAACCGCUCUUUUGCACUAGAGGGAGUCAUAUUGUCAUAUAGUUAAAAAAUUUAUCUUAUACACUUCAGUGGAAGCCCCACUCCUUAGUUCCCUACUUUAAAAAGUACAAUAAAAACCGUAUGGGAUACUAAAAA